UCUGUUAUUUGUGGUUGACAUAUCAAAAUAUGUAGCUUGAAAAAUACGUCCAAAAGCUAAUAAUUACCAUAACAUUAAUCUACUCAGUACCAAAGAUCGACAGGAAAUGAAUGAAAUUAACGCAUAAUUUACACAUCAAUAUAUGCGAGUCAUGAAGUAGAAUCAUUUUUUUUAAACAGCUUCCUAUCAUGUUCAAUAAUAAGAGGUUUAUAAUGAAUUUCUAGGAUGGAAUUAAAAGUUUGGGUAGAAGGAAUACAAAGAAUUGUAUGUGGUGUUACUGAAGCAACUACUUGUCAAGAUGUUGUGUUUGCUCUAGCCCAUGCUACUGGGAAAUCUGGUAGAUUCAGCCUUAUUGAAAGAUGGAGAAAUAAUGAAAGACUCCUUGCACCAUCUGAGUACCCUCUCAAGAUCUUAAACAAAUGGGGGGAGUACUCAAAUGAUGUGCAAUUAAUAUUGCAGUGGAACGAAAAAUCUAUCAAAACUAAAAGCUCCCAACUAAAUACAAGCAGUCCGCAAGUAUUGAAUACAAGUAGUAGUUCUGAGGAUAGUAAAGACCUUUCAAAGCAAUAUUCUUUCAACUUAAGUCAUCAUUCUAGUUCAGAUAAUAUAGGUAUUGUUAAAGGAAUCCAACAAGUUAAAAUACCCAAUGUAGAUGUUAAGAGUUCUUAUUCCCCAUCACCUCAAAGUUCUCCUAGGAAAAGCAAUUAUUCUGAGUCAGAAAAAUCUGGUUCACCUAGUCAUCGAAUUGCACCUCCUUAUAAAGAUCCUCCAGCACCGCCUCCGUAUAGGGAUCCUCCACCACCUUCUUCUACUGUGAAUCUAGAUAAACAAAGAACAAAUUUAUUGCAGAAUUCUAAUAAAUCAUUGAAUAAAUAUAAGGAUGAUAGUUACAAAUUGCAAGAAUCUGUGUUAUAUAAUGCUCAGUAUAGAGAAUUGAUCACAUUAAUCAAUUACCAGAGGGAGAGACUGACUAACCAGCAGGCUGAUUUAACUAAGUACGAUGCUGAAAUAGUAUUUUGGGAAUCAAAAGAAAGGGAAAAGCAGCUGCAAUUAGAGUAUAUUGCCCAAGAACUUGUCGCCAUAACAAAUACUAGUAAAAUUAACCAAGAGCAAAUACAAGCUCUUAGUUCUUUAGAAGAAGAAAACGAAAUAGUUAAGCAACAAGAAAAAACAUUGAAGUCUGAAAUAACACUACUAAGGUCUAAACUAGCCAAUUGUGAAACAGAACUUCUACAGUGUAAAAAUAAAAUGAGAUUGUUAAUGGAGGAAUAUCAAGUAGAACAGAGAUUGCAGAUGAGAAAGUCUGAAUCAAGAAAACAAUUUGAAAAAACUCUAUUAGCUGAAAUGGAAAGACUCCAAAAAGAUAUUGAUAUGGCAAAGCAAAGUACAGAAUUGCAUCACUUAACUGCAGAAACUUUGAAAAAAGAGGUGGCCGCUCUUGAAGCUGCCAUUGUCGAGAAAAAGCAACAAGUUGAACAUUUAGUUGACGAAAUGAAAGAAGCUAACUUGGAAAGUCUUAUUGCUGUUCCUUCUGAAGACACGCGACAAAUGGCAGAAGGACCAUCGAAAGCUGGUAGUACAAGAAAGAUGAUAGGAUCUCCAAGGCAAUUGGAGAAUGCUGUACCCACAAAUAAAAAUCCCCAUGGUGUCUGGGUUUAAUAUUUUCAUAUAAUAUCACUCAUUCAUCAAGUAAUUAUUUGGACACUUCACCAAAUUAUUACAAUUUGCAUUUUGAUCUCGUAAGUACUUUUUCAUAUUUUAAGAAAGUCUUCCUCAAAGAAGAUGAUAUUUUAUUCACAUAAGCAAAUAAGAAUCAAUAAAUUUGUUUUGAAAAACUAUUCACCUUCAAAUCUGUUUUUAUCAUUGUGUGAACUAGAAAUUAUUAAUUACCUAUCAAACAUCUGAGAAAAUAUAACUGCUCGUUAUUCAGCUUGUUAUAUUCAUAAAAAACAGAUUUCACAAAAAUGUGAUCAAAAUAUUUCCGAUCGUAGAUAACAUAACUUUUAAAUUGCAAUCAGAAGAUGAAAGUUGAUCAGCCAAUCAAAGUUUGGUGAAAACCCUAAAAGUAAUAUUCGAAAUUUAUUAUUGUUUGAACAGAUUAUAUUUUUAUUUAGCAAGGAUUAUAAAAUGUUAUAAUAGAAAAAAAAAUCUAUUUAUUCUGAUUAAAACAUAUCACAUUUUUGAGUGAUUCAGUAAUUAAUUAGGUUAUGUAUAUGAACAAGACAUAGUCACAAAUAAUUAACCUGUUGAUGGAUAUUUUAAAUGUAUUAUAAUUGCAAAUAUAUCCUUAGAAUAUCUAGAUUUAUAAUAUAUAUAGAUGAUAUAUGACUUAAUAGUUUUAUGUAUAUUUCAAUUUGUAGAAAUUCAUUGAAAAAAAAUAGUCAUUACUGUAUAUCAUAGUAAUGUGCAAUGCAUUAUGACAAUUUCUAAGUGGAAAAAAUACAGCUGAAUUGUGUGUGGUAUGUUUUAAUAAGUAUAUAUGUCGAUUUGUGUUUUAUUUGUAUAAAACACAAAUCAACCUAUAUACUUAUUGAAACAUACCACACUCUGGCCGGAAAAGUAUGUAACUUGCAAUUAUCUCCAAAGGAUAAGAUAUUUUAUCAUUAUUUUUGUAUUAAAAUAUAGUUUAUAAUUUCAGGUAUUUUAUCAGCAUUUUUUUAUGAGCCAUAUAACAAAUAUUUAUUUUAUGUAUUUCUGAUUGGAUUUUGAACAAUAAUAAGUCUGAAGAUUAAUUAAAAAUAAAUAACUAAGCCAUGUUAUUUGUAAGUAAAUUAUUGAUGUUAUUUAUUGUUAGGUGAUUGGAUUUUGAAUUUUAAAGAGUGUUGACUUUUGCUUUAAAGUUCUUACAAGGAUUCCCCUUUUUUUACACUGCCGUUGUUCACUGUAUAAGUUCUGCAAAAAUACAUCGAGGGUUUCCAUUGAAAAA